GCGCGUUCAGCUGAGUCAAGAGAACUUGGGUUUCUAUUGGUGAAAACUUUCUGUAUUCGUUGGCAGCUUCUCUCAGCACCAUCAGAACCUCGGAGCUGCUGGCACACUGAAGUGAUCCGAAUCUGUCACUGCUACGGGGCAAGGUGGCUAUUAGGUGGAUAAAACGGUCAGGAAGCGGAGAAUAUCUCUUGGAAUUUACUUCCACAGAAGACAGCUGAAACAACUAGCCUCGUGGAACUGAGCAACUACUAGAUUCCUGGACUUCCCAUUUACAACUGACCAUUGUUGGGGACUUGGACUACAGACUAUAAACUCUUCAGACCUCCAGCUGGUCAUGUGAUGAAUUCAAGGAUGGCGCCCAGUGGUACAAUGGCCAUUAGAGAGCUGUGUUUUGAGCACAUUCACUCCAUACCUGGAAAAAUGGUGUCCCAGUCCACAGGCCGGGGAGACUGUCCUGUGGACCCCUGUGAAGGGACCAGCCAUGCCUUUCAGGACACUGAUGCCUUGCCCAACCUCCUGGACACUGACCAACCUGCUUGCCAAUUAGAUGUGAGGCUCCUGAGACACAAAGCCUCCUGGAUCAACCCACUGUGUGUGCAGCAGCCACUGCAAGAAUUAUGCCCCCAAAGACCAACAGCGCAGAACAGUGCGGCCCAAGUGGUGGAUACUUCCUCUCCCUUGGGCCUUUCGAUAUUGUCCUCCUACAGGGGCUCCCUGGCUGAGAUGCCAUUGUCUGAGAAUACUGCUGAUGUCAUCUGCAGCAAGUCUACUCAUUGCUCCGGGGGAAAAAAGCAUGACUUCUUCCUGGCUACAGAAGAACAAGAGGUUCCUCCUCAGCAGGAAUCUCCGCUCAAAAACCCCAAGACUGUGGCCACUUCCCCAUGCCCUAAGGAGGAGUGUGCCCCUUCUGAGUCUCUUCAUUUGACAGCUUCUACAGAUGACGGUGAUGCUCGGAGCAGCAGAAGCCAUGCUUGGAAUUUCUUCCCACUAGAGACGUUCAUGCUGCCGGCUGGCGUGGAAAAGGAAAAUGUCCACUUUUAUGCUGCAGACAUGAUUAUAUCAGUAAUAGAGAAUAUGAAGUGCGGUCUCCUGAGUCAGCAGCAGUCAGAGAGCUGCGGCACAGAAGAGACCAGCAGGUCACGUGGGACUGGAGCCGAGGUGACCUUCUCUACCCAAGCAAAGCAGGAGCCGGGCUCCUCUGCUUCUUCACACACUGGCUGUGAAGGUUGUGCUGAACUCCAGGUCAGCCCAGUGGCUGAGACCCUUUCUUACUGUCCUGUGGCGGAAGACGCCUACAAACAUGACUUGAAAAAAUUGGUCAUGUUAGAACUUGGGAAAUCUAAUGACAUCACAGAAGGCUGUAGACGCUCCUAUAACUCUUUAAAGAGCGCAACUUGUGAGUCAAACCUCAGUACUGCUGGGCUCUUAGCCAGAGAGUUGUUCCAGGGAUUCUGUAAGUACUGGAUGCUGUCACAAGUCAAUUGCCAGCUGCCAGGCUCCCCGACAGCAGCUAGCUCAGAAGUUAGCCCUGAACUCCUCUCAUGUGCCAUGCAGGCUGGGGAUGAAGAACAUACUGAGGAAGACUUUGACUCCAGUGUGGAUGCAGCACAGGAAGUCAUGCUUAAGUCUAGGAUCCCAGGGACUGAAGACUGGGUGCCCCUUUAUGGUCAAAUCAUACUUACUGUUCACCCGCCAAUCAAGAGGGACAUAGCAGUAGUGGCCCAGAACUUCUUCUGUGCUGGAUGUGGGACUCCAAUACAGCCCAAGUUUGUGAAGCGGCUCCGGUACUGUGAAUAUCUCGGGAAGUACUUCUGUGACAGCUGCCACUCAUCCGCAGAGUCCUGUAUCCCUGCUCGGAUCCUGAUGGCGUGGGACUUCAGGAAGUACCAAGUCAGCGAUUUCUCAAAAUGGCUGCUGGACAGCAUAUGGCAUCAGCCUGUCUUCAACCUGUCAGGCGGGCAUCACAGCCUCUAUGCAAAAGCUAAGGAACUGGAUAGGGUGAAGGACAUCCAGGAGCAACUUUUUCAUAUCAAGAAGCUGUUGAAGACUUGCAGGUUUGCUGACAGUGUGCUGAAGGAGUUUGAGCAGGUUCCCAGCCACUUGACUGAUGAGUGCCACAUAUUCUCCAUGGAAGACUUCCUCAGGACCAAGAAAGGAUUGUUGGCACCUGUGCUCAAGGACAUCCUGAGAGCUUCUCUUGCCCAUGUGGACAGCUGUGAGCUGUGCCAGGGGAAGGGCUUCAUUUGUGAGUUUUGCCAGAGCAAGACUGUCAUCUUCCCAUUUCAGACCAUGACUUGCAGAAGAUGUGCAGGGUGCAGGGCCUGCUUCCACAAACAGUGCUUCCAGUCUUCCAGAUGCCCCCGCUGUGCCAGGAUCACAGCACGGAGACAACAUUUGGAGAGUUUGUCCCCUGCAGCGACAUGAUGGCCCAAAGUUGUUCUAAACCUCUCAUGAUGUUACCAAAUUGUGUCUGCUCCUGGUAACAUUGUUUCAGAUACUAAGUAUUUUGUAGUAAGAAAAAGACGACCAAAAUCCCCCUCUUGUAUGUGUUCAAUGCUUUUAAGGAGUGUGGAAGUUUUGUUUUGGGUAUAGGGUUAUUGAUAAGGGUUUGUUUACAAAUGUUUGACAUUGUUUUGCUGCUACUGGCUGUUUUGUAAAGAAGUCUUUUUUCACUUAAGUUGCACUGGGAUAGUUUUUUUAAGCUAAAUACAGAACCUAUUUUUUUUAUGAACUGUAACUGACAAGGUAACAUGUUGUUUGUGAAAUGGAUUGGCUGAGUUUUUGUUAAAGACUACUAUUGAAUAUUGUUUUGUGACUGG